GCUCUCUCUCCGUCUGGUAAAACAGCAUCUCUCUUCCUCCUCUCUGCUCCUCCCCUCUCGGCAUCUCUCCCACGCUCCGGAGCUCAGCCUUCAGCCUUCAGCUCCCAGGAUCCUCCCAAAUCCUCCCGAGCAGCAGCAGCAGCUGAGUGAGGUGGGCGUGUGGAGCCUCUGACCCUCUCUCUCUCUCUCUCUCUCUCUCUCUCUCUCUCUGCGGCUACAGGGGGCUAUGGAUGGACUGCGUUUACCUCCACUCAUCGAGGAGGCUCUGGACUCUACAGAUGACCCGUGUGAUCUGAAAGCAGAGUGCAGCCCCACCAUGGACAACGAGAUGACGGCAAAGGAGAGAGGCGUGCUGGAGGAGAACAACGAGAAAGAGGAGAUGGACCAGGAGAGAGCUCGGGAAGAGGAGAGCGAGGAGAAGAAGCUGAAGGAAGAGGAAGGCGAAGGGGAGGACAAGAGGAAGGAGGAGGAGGAGGAGCAGGAACCGCUGACGGAGGAGCAGGAGCUGGAGGAGCUGAGGGCCCAGGUGCUGCAACUGCUGCUGGAGCUGGACGACGCCAGAGAGACCUCCAACAAACACCAGGAGAGCUUCCAUGAGCUGCAAGGUCUGUUGGAGGAUGAGCGUCUGGCCAGUGCCCAUCAGGCUGAAGCCUUCACACGGCAGAUCCAGAAUCUACAAGCCCAGCUGCGCUCUGUGCAGGAGGAGAUGGACAGCCUGGAGGAGGAGAAGGAGAGCGAGCUGGCCGAGGCCCAGGAGGAGCUGCGCGUCGCCCACGAGGAGGUGAUCCUGCUCCAGCAGGCGGCGGAGGAGGCAGCAGCGGAGAGGGAGAACGACAUCGCCUCGCUGCAGGAGGAGCUGUGUCGCCGGCGGGCCGAGCUGCAGCGCCUCAGCGAGGAGACCCAGGACUACGAGCUGGAGAUCACCACGCUGAGGGCCGAGAUCAGCAUGAAGAGCCAGCGCAGGGAGGCCGAGAGGAGAGAGGGUGACGUGGACCUGCUGAAGGAGGAGUGCCGUAUGCUGAGGGAGGAGUGUCAGACCCUGAAGGAGGACAACAGACGUCUCUCCGAGCGGCUGCAGCUGCUGCAGAGACAGAGGACAUGCUCCAGCGUCUACCUUUCACUGAAAGAGGAAGAUGGAGAGGAGGGCACAGAGGGGAAGGAGAUGCAGACCGGCUCGGACGAGGUCAUGACAGAGAGCUACAUGACCAUGGCCCAGUCUGGGAACUGUCGCCUGGUGGACGCCUCCAUCCAGAAGAAUAUUUCAUUUGAUGGGAAGCCCAUGACACAGAGCAGCUGGAACGGAGGCAUCGGGGAGAUCUGCUCCCUGAGGGAGCAGCUCAAACAGGCGGAGGAGAAGGCCUCGCAGGUCCAGAGAGAGUGUGACGGUCUGAAGGUGGAGCUGCAGGAGCUGCAGGUACUGUAUGACAGCAGUCAGAUGGAGAGAGCAGAGCUGGAGGAGGAGCUGCAGCGCUGCAAGGCAGAGUUGGAGAAGCUGUCAGGGGGGGCUCAGAGAUUCAUCCAUGCGUCUGAGCACCCUGUUCUCUCCAUCCCCUUCAUAGGAAUGAUUGUAAUAUUGGCUGUGGUCUGGUGCUGGUUGUCGGAGCUGGCGUCCCAGAGGGCAAGGGGAGUGAGGUAGGUUGGAACUCCAUUUUAACUAUCACUGCAGCCACGGCAGUGCUGCUAAUGAUGACUAGCCUGUUGAGAGCUCUCGUCCGAUGUUGAUUGGAUGGGCAACAACUGCACAGGGACAGACGUCUGCUUCAGACCAGCCCUUGCUCUCUCCUGCCAUGUCUAUAGACUGAACUGGAAUUCUCUGAAUGUAAUAGAGCUGACAGCUGUGUAGUAGAAAACGUUGCCUUUAAUGAGAAGGUACUACGUGAGAGCGGUGCACUCGGUCUCAUUUGAGACCGAAGAUGACGACGAGUUGACCUGCAGAGAGUCCACACGAGGAC